GGAGUUUUAAUGCAUGAUAAGAUAAUUAGUAUAAUUAGUAUUAUACUAUUUCACAUUAAACUAAAAUAUUUAGCGCAGUGUUAAAAUGAUCAAAAUAUUUAUAUUCUUGACAGCACAUGCUCUAGCAAUUCCAGGAGAUAAUGGACCGCCUGGGUUAACAGAUAAAGUUCUAUUUUGUGAUGGAUGCUUUGCAAUGAUCAGCGAAAUUUUUGAGGAUUUGGAGACUUUUAGGGAACUAGCAGGAAAUACGAGGUUAAUCGAGGAAACCCUGGCCAAUAUUUGUGAUCAUCAGAGACUUCGACGAUACAAAUUCUCUCCUCCAACCCAGAAGAAAACCUGUUUAGCUAUUCAAAAACACUACAACAAUGAACUGGUAAAACUGGUCUCUGAGACGAGUAGAGAAAAAGAAAAAGAACUGGACAAUUUAGUGGAAUUAUUUUGCUUUCAGAUAACGGGAGCCUGUGCUGGUAUGAAGAUUCCUACUGUACAGAUGAGAAAAGAGCGUCAAGAAGCACAGAAACUUGCAGAUGGAAAGAAAAUGGCCGACAAACAUGAGAUCGAGGAUGAAAUAAUUAAAAUUGAAGAAAACGUUUUUUCAGGAGAGAAAACUGAGCUAUGAAUAUAUACAAAUAUGAUUUACAUUAAGAUUUAAAAUUCAAAUUACAGCAAAAAUAAUUAAUAAAAUAAUAUUAGUGGUAAUAGUAUUUCUCUGGGUUAUAAAUAAGAAAGUAACCACGCCCAUUAAUAAUUAAAAACGAUUUUUGCCAUUUUGUAAUUACACUGAAUAAUUUAAUGUCUAGAUGUAAGAAAAAGAAAAGCAAAUUGGUAAAUGAGUGGUUGCAACAUAAACAAAUCAUAAGUUCGUAAAACAUUGAAUACUUUUGUUUUUAUCAUACACUGUGAUUUAAAGGUCUCAUGCUCUUAAGCAAAAACCGAUGAGAUUCUUGCUAUUUACAGAGUUUAAUAUACUUAU